AUGUCCGCUUCUGUCUCUUCGGGGUCUGAAAAGAACAAUUAUAUUAUCGGAGCCCAAGAGGUGAAAAAUAAGGUUGAUGUGGUUACAUCAUUAAGAACCAUAACGUCAAGAAGGGUCGGUGAUGUUAAUUACAUUAAUGCUAAGGCGGCACAUGAUGACACAGAAUUGUUGGCUGAAAUUGGGUAUAAGCAAGAGUUGCAAAGGCAUUUUUCGAAGAUUCAAGUGUUCGGUGUUGCAUUCUCUAUUAUGGGUCUAUUGCCAUCCAUUGCAUCUGUAUUAAGUCUUGCCUUGCCUGGUGGCUCUGUAUCUCUUGUUUGGGGUUGGGGUAUCGCAGGUGCAUUCGUCUUAACCAAUGGUCUUGCCAUGUCAGAGUUAGCAUCUGCCAUUCCAACUUCCGGUGGUCUUUAUUAUUACACCUAUUAUUACGCUCCUCCAAAGGUUAAAAAUCUACUUUCUUUUGUUGUUGGUAACUCUAAUUCGCUAGCAUUAAUUGCUGGUCUUUGUUCCAUCAAUUAUGGUUUAGCAGGAGAAAUACUAUCCAUCGUUGUUGUUGGCAGCGACGGUAAUUUUAACAUCACAAACGCAAGCACAUAUGGUGUCUACGCGGCAUGUAUUGUAGCUACUGCGGUUGUCACUUCCGUUGCCACUGUUGCAGUCUCAAAGUUGCAAACAUUCUCCAUUGUGUCCAAUUUACUGUUGAUUUGCAUUUUCUUCGUUGCCCUUCCAGUUGGUGUCGCCAGAUCGAACCACAUGGAAUUCAAUGACGCUAAAUAUAUAUUUGGUAACUUCCAAAACUUGUCGGACUGGAAUGAUGGAUGGCAAUUCAUGUCAGCUGGCUUCCAACCGCUUAUUUGGGUUAUUGGUGGUUUUGACUCCUGUAUUCAUAUGUCCGAGGAAGCCAAAAAUGCCACAGCUUCAGUUCCAUUCGGUAUCAUUGGAUCCAUCAGUGUAUGUUGGGUUUUGGGCUUCUUUAUAUGUAUUGUUAUUGCUGCCUGCUCCUCACAAGACGUCGCUGCUAUUGUAGAAACUAAAUUUCACCAACCUUUGGCUCAAAUUCUAUUUGACGCCUUAGGCAAAAGAUGGACCAUUGCUAUCAUGGUCCUUAUUGCCUUCUGCCAAUUUUUGAUGGCAGCUUCUAUCUUAACUGCUAUCUCCAGACAAAUUUGGGCUUUUGCCCGUGAUGAUGGAUUACCGUUCUCUUCCUGGAUCAAAGUCGUCAAUAUCAAGCUAUCGUCUCCAUUGAGAGCAACCUGGGUCGGCGCUGGUGCCGCUUUGGCCAUUGGUUGUUUGUGCUUGAUUGGCCCAGUAGCAUCUUCAGCAUUAUUCUCCUUGGCUGUUUCUGCGAACUACUUUUCCUGGAUGGUUCCAAACUUGUUGAGAAUGACUUAUGGGAAAGAUGUAUUCACCCCGGGUGCUUUUUUCAUGGGGAAGUAUCUUUCUCCAGUGGUAAAUUGGAUUUCUAUCGUAUUUGAAAUUUUCAUGAUAUUAUUAGUUUUCUUCCCAGCGGAUCAGCACGGCAUCACCCCAGACACGAUGAACUACAGUGUAGUUUUCAUUGGCGCAGUAUGGGUCUUGCCUACGAUUUACUAUCUCGUUUACAAGUACAAGUUCUAUAGUGGUCCAAAAUCAAACUUGACAGACGAAGAAUAUGAGGAGAAGGUCGGUCAAGACGUUCUUGACGCUAUCUUAUCCAAACACCAGGACUAA